UGCUUCUAGAUUAAGCUAUAAUUUUCUGGAUAUCCUAAAUUCACUUUUCUCACGCGGAAACAAAAAUCUAUUUCCAUGGAAGUCAUCCUCUAUAAAUACAUCAACAAUCAACCUUUCUAAAGCAAAAAGAUAUUCCAUUUGAUUUACUUUGACAAAAAUAAGAAAGAGCAAGAGGAAGAAGAGGAAACAUGUGUUUGGUGUUCGUGUGCGAUCAGGACGAGAGGGUGAUCGGCAGGUACGCAGCUCCUGGAGCCUGCCCCUACUGCGGCGGGAUGGUUCAAACGGUAGACGUAGAAAGCCAGUGGAGAUUCUGCUUCGUCCCUCUCUAUAACAAAUCCAAACGUCGCCUUAUUUGCUCCACCUGCGGUAAACGCCUCAUCGCCCAUUCCUGAACUAAA